GGCAUUUCUGGUGCCGGUACCGAUGGGCUGCAGCCGCCCGCGUCUCCCCUGCUUUGGCGGCGCGAUGGGAGCGGGACCGGCGGGCCUAUACCUUGGCCUGUGCUGGGCGCUGGCUGCCCGGGCGAGCGGCGCGAUGGAGCCGCGGCUGCAGCGGGGCAUGCCAAAUGUCUGUCCAGUGUUUGAGUUGGCGUUAGUAGGACACCCACAGCCAUGUGUCCAAGCCUUUAGUCGAAUGGUGAAGAUGUGGAAACAAGGUUGCGCAAGGAGGAAGUGGUGUACUGGCUAUGAGAGAAGGUCUGGGUACUACACAAUUUACAAGCAGGUGUACAGACUGGAGCGUCAGACUGUCUAUAAGUGCUGCCCUGGAUGGGUCCAACAUGACAAUGAACCUGGCUGUUUGCACUUGCUGUGCACUGUUGGCACUUGUUUCAAUGGAGGGAAGUGUUCGGAAGCAGGAUCCCAGGUUUGCCAGUGUCCUGCAGGAUUUCAGGGUCCUCGCUGCCAGUAUGAUGUAAAUGAGUGCAGCAUGGGGAAUGGUGGCUGUCAUGGCCAGUGCUGUAAUACUGUCGGCAGCUACCACUGCAAAUGUCCAGCUGGCCAGAAACUGGAGGAAGAUGGAAAAUCAUGCAGAGAUGUUGAUGAGUGCGCGGUGGUGAAUGGUGGCUGCCAGCAAGGCUGUGUAAACACACAUGGCUCCUUCCACUGCCAGUGCUGGGCAGGAUAUAGGCUCCAUGCUGAUGGGUGCACUUGCAUAGCCAUCAAUUCCUGCAGCGUUAACAAGGGGGGCUGCGAGCAGGAUUGUGUUCAGCUCAGUGAAGACCGCUAUAAGUGCCAGUGCCAGCCGGGCUACCAGCUAAAGAGGGAUGCCAGAUCCUGUGAAGUGAUAGACCCCUGCACAACUGGGAAUGGAGGAUGCUCACAAAUCUGUCAAAAUGAGAGAGGAACUGCAAAGUGCGAGUGUCAUGCAGGGUACUAUAUUUCUGCAGACAAAACGUCCUGUUUAGACAUUGAUGAGUGUACAGAAGGAAGAGCCAGGUGUGCUCAUCGUUGUGUGAACAGUCUGGGAUCCUUCACCUGUGUCUGUAAUCCGGGCUUCGAGCUGGGGGCUGAUGGAAAGCAGUGCUACCGCAUCGAAAUGGAAAUUGUCGAUAGCUGCCAGGAAAACAACGGUGGCUGCUCUCACCACUGCGAGCACACCACUGCGGGACCACGCUGCUCCUGUGACGAUGGCUAUCACCUCGAUUUUGAUGGCAAAACUUGUGCAGAACUGGAUGAGUGCAAGACCGGAGAGUCCUGCUGCUCCCAAUUCUGCAUCAACUAUGCAGGUGGAUACGAGUGUGCCUGCAAAGCGGGGUUCCAGCCAAAUGCCGAUGGCUGUGCCUGUGACGACGUGGAUGAAUGUCGUCUUAAUAAUGGCAACUGUGACCAUUUCUGUGUUAAUCUUCUGGGGUCAUACAAAUGUGCAUGUAAGGAGGGUUACAGGCUUGGUGUUAACAGAUGGUCCUGCAUUGCCCUAGGUGGGGAGGACGUGGAUGCAGAGGAAGCAGUGGGGUUUGCCGGGGCUCCAGGGCUGCAGUUCAGAGAUCCCCCGCAGCUCCUUCACUACACGCUUGGUGCCCUCUACGAGGAUGAAGAUCCACGAGGAGAGCUCACCCUGGUGCACAGGGUCGUUUGCCUUGAUAACGCAUUCGGCAAUGACUGUAGCUUGAGCUGUGAGGAUUGUCUGAACGGAGGCAGAUGUAACAGUGAACACAGUGGCUGUGUUUGCUCACCUGGGUGGACUGGCAUUAUCUGUAAUGAAACUUGCUCCCAAGGGACAUAUGGCAGAGGAUGUGCCAGCAUUUGCAAGUGCCAGAAUGGAGGCUCAUGUGACCCUGUCACAGGGCAGUGCCACUGCCCACCCGGUGUGCACGGCAAGCUCUGUGAAGAUGGUUGCCCGAAAGGCUUCUUUGGGAAGAACUGUAAUAAACCAUGCAACUGUGCCAACAAUGGCUAUUGCCACAGACUCUAUGGAGCCUGCCUCUGUGACCCAGGGCUUUAUGGGCGCUUCUGCCAUCUUACCUGUCCCAGGUGGGCCUUUGGAGCUGGCUGCUCAGAGGAGUGUCAGUGCAUGAAAGAGCACACACUGGAAUGCAACGCAAGGAAUGGGACUUGCACCUGCAAGCCUGGUUAUCAUGGCAGAAAGUGUCAGAAAGAGUGCACGCCUGGAUUUUAUGGGACUGGUUGCAAACUGAGGUGUAACUGUCCUACUGAUGUUUUGUGUGAUCAUGAGACAGGAGUCUGCCAACAUCCAUGUCCCCCCGGAUUUCAUGGAGAAAAAUGCCAUUUAUCCUGUCAGCCUGGGAGUUUUGGUGUGAACUGCAGGCAGAGGUGCAGCUGUGGAGAAGUGCCAUGCAAUCCGAAGACAGGACAGUGUAUUUGCCCAGCUGGGAAGACUGGUGCUACAUGUGAGCAAGAUUGCCCAGCUGGUCAGUGGGGACCAGACUGCCAGUACUCCUGUGAGCCCUGUGCCAACGGGGGACAAUGCAACACAGAGACUGGAGCCUGCGAUUGUCCUCCAGGCUACAGUGGGGCAUCCUGUUCCACAUCCUGCAAUAGCGGCCAUUGGGGACAGCACUGUGAAAACACGUGUGUCUGCAAUAACAGCGACGGUAGCUGUGACCCAGUCACUGGCUCCUGCUUCUGUGAGCCAGGAUUCACUGGGAAACACUGUGAAUGGAGGUGCCCUGAGGGAAGCUUUGGCCCGAACUGUGAUCACAGCUGUCAGUGCCAGAAUGGAGCUGCCUGCGACCAUGUGAGCGGAGCCUGCACUUGCUCAGCGGGCUGGACAGGAACCUUUUGUGAAAGAGCUUGUCCAGAUGGAUUCUUUGGGCUUGACUGCCACCAGGUGUGCAAGUGCAAGAAUGCUGCUGGCUGUGACCAUGUCCUGGGAGCAUGCCGCUGCCUCCCUGGCUGGCUGGGAGAGACCUGCGAGCAGCCCUGCCAGGGGGACAGCUAUGGGCCAGGCUGCAGGCACACAUGUCAGUGUCACAACGGAGCGUUCUGUCAUCAUGUAACUGGGAUGUGCCUUUGUAGCCCAGGGUGGAAAGGGGCCACCUGCCAAGAAGCCUGUCCCACUGGAUGGUAUGGUGCAAACUGUCUCCAGCGCUGCAUCUGCCACAGCCAGGCGACAUGUGACCAUGUAACGGGCGAGUGCCAGUGUCCUCCGGGUUGGAAGGGGAAAGGAUGUGAGCUGGAGUGUGGGGACAGGAGGUAUGGAGAGGGAUGCGAGCAGAACUGUACCUGCCACCAUGGGGUUUGUGAACAGCACUCAGGAAAAUGCAUUUGCCAUGCUGGCUGGAGUGGGGACCGCUGUGAUGUUGUUUGCCCUGUGGGAUUUUUUGGCAAAUGGUGUGAGGAGCAAUGUGACUGCAUACACGGCUUGUCCUGCCACCAUCAAACUGGAGCAUGUCUCUGUGAAAAGGGAUGGAGAGGGAGGCACUGUGACAGACCUUGCUUGCCUGGUCGCUAUGGUAUAGGCUGUGCCCAGAGGUGCCGGUGUCCCAUAGGUACACCCUGCCAUCACCUGACGGGUGAGUGUGGAUGUCCUCCAGGAUUCACUGGCUACAGCUGUGAGAAAACUUGUCCACCAGGCACAUAUGGCAAGAACUGUAACCAAGUAUGUCAGUGCUCUGCUGAGAAUGAGGAAUGUCACCCAGUGACUGGCAACUGCCUGUGCCGCCUGGGGUACUACGGGGCACGCUGCAACAUCCGGUGCCCAAAAGGUACUUAUGGUUCAAACUGCCAAAACCUCUGUAAAUGUAUGAAUGGAGGCCAUUGCGACCCCGCGUCAGGAACUUGUGAUUGCACGCCUGGUUUUAUUGGAGCCGACUGUAGUAAAACUUGCCCUGAAAAUCGAUAUGGGAAGGACUGCACCCUGUUCUGUGCAUGUGGUAAAGGUCAGUGUGACCCACGCACUGGCAAGUGUACCUGUCCUCCCGGCCAAAUGGGACCCAGCUGUCAGCAAGUGUGUCCCCAGGGACAAUAUGGCCCCAACUGCCUCCUGACGUGUACCUGUCAGAAUGGCGGUAUCUGUGACCAUGUGGAUGGCAACUGCACUUGUGGGCUUGGCUGGACAGGAAAAUUCUGUGAGAAAGCAGAAUGUCUGCCAGGGAAGUAUGGGUCUGGCUGUGUCUUGGAUUGCUCAUGCCAGCACAAUGGCACCUGCGACAGAUUCACAGGCUGCUGCCAAUGCCCUGAGGGUUACUAUGGCCACUCAUGUGAGCACAGGUGCCCCCUUGGAUUUUAUGGGCUAAGCUGUCUUCACGCAUGUGCCUGUAAAAAUGGAGCAAGCUGUGAUGCAGUGACAGGACAAUGCACUUGUCCUUUGGGUUAUCAAGGUGUACACUGUGAAAAAGGCUGUGACAGGGGCUGGUUUGGAGAGAGGUGCCAGCAUCAGUGCAAUUGCGGAGAUGUUCCUUGUGAUCCAGAGACUGGGAAGUGCCUCUGCCCACCUGGGAAGACUGGAGAAAGAUGUGACAUUGAAUGCAGGUCAGACCAGUACGGCCCCAACUGCUCCCUACGAUGUCAGUGUGCCAACAAAUCCCAGUGCAAUCCGUACAAUGGGAACUGUGUAUGUCCAGCAACAUGGAUGGGACCAACCUGCAAAGAAGGUGGCCCUCCAAAGGUUCCUUUUUAUGAAGAACAAACUCAAGAAAGAGGGAAUAUUUUUCCAAGAGCUCUACAACAGUAACAUUUGGACUAAUAAAUGAGCUGUUUUAUAUGCACA